AUGGAAGACGAUUCAGUAGCAACUGUAGGAGAAGUUUCUCAAAAUCCUACCGGACCUGCUAUAACUCCACCAACUUUCGAACCUAUACUUUUACAAGAUUACCUUAAUAAACUUUUACCUAUAGUUCUUGGAGCCGAGGAGCAAGAUUUAAAAAAUUCAUUAUGGAAUGUAUCAGAAACAAUCGAAAAACUUAGAAAAUAUGCUAAUGACCCCCAAAUUAAUGCCAUAUAUGUCAUAAAAGAAAAAGAGGAAAAGAAGGAUGAAGCAGAUGAUCAAUCAAUAAUAUCGUAUUCUUAUCAACUAUCACAAGAAAUAUCAUACAAUUCUAAUCAUGUGGCAUCAAUUGCAGUCAUAAAACAUGUACAGACUUUGGAUUCUACAAGACCAAUUCAAUCACAAAUACAAAUCAUAAACAUACCUGGUCCUGCCUCAAAUGAAUCCGGAUCAGUUGGCGUAAAUCCAUACGAGGCAUUACAUUCUUGUAUUCAUUUGGCUGUUGCUCCUUAUUUUGAUGCUUUUAUUAGUGCAAAAGGUGUUAAUGCAGAAGCAAACGCCACUAGCAAGAAACAUGAUGAUUCUAAAAUGGGAAUUCCAAUGGCAAAAAAGAAAAUUGCAGAAUUGGAAUUAUCUCUCCUUCACUUACAGCAAAAUGUCGACAUACCAGACAUUUCAUUAAACAUCCAUCAUAUUGUACAAAGAGCUGUCGAAAAAUGCAAACAAGAAGCAAAACGUGUUACUGUAGAUGUAAUUGAUCCACAACUUUUGGGUGACUCUAGUUUUCUAAACAAACUCCAAGCUGAUGUUAAUGGCUGGAUUAAAGAAAUUCAAAAGGUCACAAAAUUAUCUCGCGAUCCUGCCAGUGGCACUGCCAUACAAGAAAUUAAUUUUUGGUUGAGCAUGGAAACUGCUUUGGCAGGCGUUGACGAACAAUUGAAAAGUGAUCAAAUUUCAUUGACUUUGGAUAUUUUGAGAACCGCAAAACGUUUUCAUGCCACAGUAUCAUUUAUAGCUGAUACUGGUUUAAAAGAAGCCACCGAAAAAGUUUACAAGUAUAAUCAACUUAUGAAGGAUUUUCCACUUAAUGAAUUAUUAUCAGCAACUGAUAUCGUAAAAGUAAAAGAUGCAUUAAUGAUUAUUUUUAAUCAUUUCAACAAAAAAUUAAGAUUAUCCCCAUAUCCAAUCAAAAAAGCUUUAGCACUUGUAGAAGCAAUAUCGCGUGAUUUAAAUGAACAACUGCUUAAAGUGUUGGGAAAUCGUCGUUUAAUGUAUAUGGGAUAUGAUGAUUUUGAAAAAGUGAUGUCCGGAGCAGAAGAAGUAUUUAAAACAUGGGAAGAAUGUAUUAAAGAAUUUACAAAUGUGGCUCGUGAUGUCACAAGAAAAAGAUCAGAUAAAUUUAUUCCAAUCAAGAUUAAUCCAGCCCAUGAUAAAUUACAAGAACGUGUUAAUUUUGUAAGAGGAUUUAGGAAACAACAUGAACAAUUGCAUCAAACAAUCUUAAAGGUCAUGGCACAACCAAAGAAUACUGCAAAAAUUUUAGUUGAAGGUGAAGAAGAAGCUGCGAGUCAUUUGAAUGAUGAUAAUAAUAUUGACGCAUUGGAAGAAGUUAGGUUAGCGUACGAAAGUGUCAAGGAUAUUGAUGUGUUGGAUGUUUCACUUGAGGGAACUGAAAUUUGGAUGCAUGCGGAAAACGCUUACAAUGAACGAGUCUCUCGUGUUGAAAAUCAAAUUAUUGCAAGCUUGAGGGAUAGACUUGGUACUUGUAAAAAUGCCAAUGAAAUGUUUAGAGUUUUCUCUAAAUUCAAUGCAUUAUUUGUUAGACCAAAGAUUCGUGGUGCAAUUCAAGAAUAUCAAACUUUGCUUUUGGAAUCUGUUAAAGAUGAUAUUGCAAAACUUCAAGUUAAAUUUACUGAACAAUAUCGCAACUCACAAGCAAAUCAUAUGGCUCAACUUCGUGAUUUGCCUUCUAUUUCUGGUGCUAUGAUUUGGGCCCGUCAAAUAGAUCGUCAAUUACAAACUUACAUGAAACGUGUUGAAGAUGUUUUGGGUAAAGGAUGGGAAUUGCAAAAAGAUGGUGAACAAUUGCAAAAGAAAAGUAAUAAUUUCAAAAAGAAAUUAGAUACUAGACCGAUUUUUGAAGCAUGGCAAGCUGAUAUUAGUAAUCGUCGUGAUUUGAAUAUUAGUGGUAGAUUAUUUGAGAUUACAAGAAACCGAGCACAGGGUCAAUUACAACUUGGUGUUAAUUUUGAUCCACAAAUUAUUACAUUGUUUAAAGAAGUUCGUAAUUUACUUUGGUUGGAUCAUCAAGUUCCACAUAAUAUUAGCAGUCUUGCAAAAGUUGCCAAGCGUGUAUAUCCUUUUGCCGUCAGUCUUAUGGAAACAGUAAGGACUUAUGCACAAACUGUACAAAAGGCCAAAGAGCACCCUGAAAUCAUUAUGCUAGUUGCUAGUUAUCGUAAUGAUGUACAAGCUCAGAUUACUAAGGGAAUAAAUCACGAGUGGCUUUAUUUUGUAGAAACUUAUGAUCGUCAUUUUCAUCCUAACAUUGGUUCUAUGGAUUCUCAUGAAAAUCAACACGUAAUUUUUGUCAGAGAAUUUGCAAAGCAAGUAUCAAUAUUCCAAGAUAAAGUUGAUGCAUUGAUUACUACUUAUGAAGAUAUUUCUAGAUAUAUUGAUGAAUUAAAAACAUGUCCAUAUAAAAAGAAUAAAUUCCAAGGAAAUCUAGAUAAAAUCCAAAAGCUUGUUGACAGACUUAACUUAGAAUCUUAUUCAAAUCUUAAAUCUUGGGUUUCAGAACUUGAUCAACGUAUUGAAACAGUUCUGGCUCAACGUUUAGAAAAUGCUAUUACUGCAUGGACAAAUGAAUUCAUGAUUGCAGGCGAUGAUUCUCCUAAUGCAAGAGAAUCAACAGGACGCGAAGUUGUUUCCAUAAGUGGUAAAAUUGUCAAAAAGCCUAAACGCCGUGCCACUAAAAGUGAUUCUAUUGAUGGUGAAAAAACACCGCUUACUAAAUUAAUCGAGAAACCUGAUCUUGAAAUCUCUGUUCACGAGGUCCGUAUUCGUAAUCAAGUAAUAUACCUUGACCCACCAGUUGAAGAAGCUAGAGCUAAUUGGUAUAACCAAUUACAUGAAUGGCUUGCAAUCGUAUGUAAUUUACCAAGAAUUCAAAGUUCUCGAUAUGAAAUUUAUUUACAAGUCAACGGGUCUGCUCCCAAUGAAACUAGUUAUUCUGAUUUAUUAACUCAAAUUCCUGAAGCUGCUCUUAAAAAAGCUUAUGAUGUUGUUGAAGAAAAAUUAAAAGAAAUGAAUGAAUACGUUAAUAUUUGGUUUCAGUUCCAAUCUUUAUGGGACUUGGAAGAUAAUCAGGUUUAUUCAUAUCUUGGCGACGAUCUUGAGAAAUGGCAAAAAAUCCUUACAGAAAUUCAAAAUUCUCGAUCAACUUUUGAUAAUCCUGAGACGUCAUGUUCAUUUGGUCCUAUAGUUGUCAAAUACGAACAAGCACAAAACAGAGUUAAUGAGAAGUAUGAGAGAUGGCAACGUGACGUUCUCAAUAAAUUCAGCACUAAACUUGGAGAAUUUAUGCGAGACUUUAAUGCUUCUAUUUCUCAUGCUCGUAGUGAUCUUGAAAAUCAAAGAAUGGAAAGCAACGGUACAGGUGAAGCGGUUAACCUGAUCACAUUUGUACAAGAUCUUAAACGUAAAGUUACAAAAUGGGAUCAAGAUGUUGAAUUAUUUCGUAAAGGUCAAAAAACUCUUAUUAGACAAAGAUAUCAAUUUCCUAGUGACUGGUUGUAUGUUGAACAAAUUGAAGGCGAAUGGAGUGCUUUUAAUGAAAUUUUAACAAGAAAGAAUAGCGCAAUUCAAGAACAAAUUGAUGGGUUACGAGAAAAAGUAGUUAAAGAAGAUAAAAUCAUUGAAACUAAAAUUAAAGAGAUUGAUGUAGAAUGGAACAAUAGUAAACCAAUUCAAGGAGAUAUCAAACCAGAUGUUGCUAUCAAUCUUCUUAGAGUUUUUACGACACGUGUUACUAAACUUAAUGAAGAAUAUGGUAUGGUUUGUCGUGCUAAAGAAGCUCUUGAUAUGGCAUUGUCGCCUGAAGACAAACUUGAUAAUAUUCUUGAAGAGCUUGAAGAUCUUAAAACAGUCUGGGAGGCUCUAGCAAACAUUUGGCAGAAGAUUAACGUUCUCAGAGAAAAAUUGUGGACAUCUAUUUCUCCACGUAAAAUCAGACAAGAAUUGGAUCAUUUUAUCGCUGAAACCAAAGAUUUACCAAGUCGCGUCAGAACUUAUGCUGCAUUUGAUUUUACUCAGGAUACAUUAAAAGAAUACAUUAAAGUUAAUCCAAUUCUUUCUGAACUCAAAUCAGAAGCAUUGAAAGAUCGUCAUUGGAAGCAAUUGUUUAAAGCAUUGCGCGUUGAAAAACAUUUCCUUUUGCCUGAGAUGACUGUCGGUAAUGUUUGGGAAUUGGAUCUUAAAAAGAAUGAUCAAAUUAUUAAAGAUAUUGUCACUCAAGCUUCAGGUGAAUUGGCUCUUGAAGAAUUCUUGAAACAGGUCAAAGAAACAUGGACAAGUUAUAUUUUAGAAUUAGUUAAUUAUCAAAAUAAAUGUCGUUUGAUCAAAGGAUGGGAUGAUUUAUUCACUAAAUGUGGUGAACAUUUAAAUUCCUUGACUGCAAUGAAAAUGUCACCUUACUAUAAAACAUUUGAGGAAGAGGCUGCUAGUUGGGAAGAUAAAUUGAAUAGAAUUCAUCUUUUAUUUGAUGUUUGGAUUGAUGUGCAGCGUCAGUGGGUUUAUCUUGAGGGUAUUUUUAGUGGUAGUGCUGACAUUAAACACUUAUUGCCUGUUGAAUCACAAAGAUUCCAAAAUAUAGAUACAGAAUUUUUAACAGUAAUGAAGAAAGUGUACAAAUCACCAUAUAUAGUUGAUGUAUUAAAUAUUCAAAAUGUGCAAAAAUCAUUAGAACGUUUGGCGGAUCUACUGAGUAAAAUUCAAAAGGCUCUUGGUGAAUACCUUGAACGUGAACGUUCUUCAUUUCCUCGGUUCUACUUUGUUGGGGAUGAGGAUUUACUUGAAAUUAUCGGUAACAGUAAAGAUGUUUUAAGAAUCCAAAAACACUUCAAGAAAAUGUUUGCUGGUAUUUCCAAUAUUUUGUUAAAUGAAGAUAACACAAUAAUUACUGGUAUGGCUUCACGCGAAGACGAAAAAGUUAUGUUUAAACACCCAAUAUCACUUAAAGAAAAUCCAAAAAUUAAUGAUUGGCUCACAUUAAUUGAAAAAGAAAUGAGAGUUUCUCUUGCUGAAUGGUUGACAGAAGCUUUUAGUAAGCUUGGCGAAUUUUAUCUUGCUGAUCAGCUAGAUACUCCAAUAUUUUUACAAUGGAUUGAUAAAUAUCCUACACAACUGGUGGUUGUUGCAUCUCAAAUAAUCUGGACCCAAUCUGUUGAAAAAGCUUUAACAACAAUGGAACAGACUGAUCGUAAUGAUUCUACACCAUUAAACAAUUCACUCCAAUUAUGUCUUCGUGCAUUAGAUGUUUUAGCUGAUACAGUGCUUCAAGAGUUGCCACAAACCCAAAGAAAAAAAUGUGAACAUCUUGUUACUGAAAUUGUACAUCAACGUGAUCUUAUUCGUCAACUUAUCAAAAAUAAAACUUCAUCAGCAAAAGAUUUUGAAUGGUUAUAUCAAAUGAGAUUUUACUUUAAUUCCAGUUUAGAGGAUUCUUUAUCACGUUUAACAAUCAAAAUGGCAAAUGCACAAUUCCAUUAUGGUUAUGAAUAUCUUGGCGUACCUGAUCGUUUAGUACAAACACCUCUUACCGAUCGUUGUUACCUUACUUUAACGCAAGCUUUGGAAGGAAGAUUAGGGGGGAGUCCUUUUGGACGCAACGGCGUAUGCACUGGCAAAUGUUGGGGAAAAGGAACCAAAUUUCUUAUGUAUAAUGGCACUGAGAAAGCCGUCGAAGAGAUCGUGGUUGGCGAUAAACUUAUGGGAGAUGAUAGUACAGCUAGAAACGUUCAUUCAAUAACUCGUGGUGUUGGUCAAAUGUAUAAGAUUGUUCCUAAUAAAAAAUCACCAGCUCAACCAUUUACAUGUAAUGAUGAACAUAUUUUAGUACUUGUAAUUUCCGAGAAACCAAAAGUACGACAUGAAAACUCUGCAAAUGGUCCAUGUUACAAAAUUAGAUGGUAUUCUCAUGAUCCAACUACGAAUUGUAUUAAACUUAAUCAGAAAACAUUCAAAUAUGAAUUGGAUAAUUCAAUUGAUAAAAAAGUCAAACAAAACCAAGCCUUUUCUUACUGUUCUCAAGUUCCUGAUCUGACUAAUGGUAAAUUCAAAUGGGAAGUUAGUAUUAAAGAAUUUUUGAAUCAUAAAAAAUCAAUUCAAAAAGCUUGUAGAAUGUACAAACCUUCAGAAGUACAUUUCUCGACAUUAAAUGGUAAUUUCAAAAAAGUUCUUGAUGAUGUAAUUGGUUUCGAUUCAACAGAUGAACAAGUCAAAUCAUUUGCAUGGCUUAUUGGUGCAUGGAUUGCUGGUGGAUUUGAGAAAUCAGUUUCCACUUCUGCGAAAAUUGUAAAAAAUGACAUGACCAAUAAGUUAGAAGAGUGUGGCAAGUUUCUCGGAUUGAAACUUGAAUUUUAUAGGUAUAACAAUGAAUUGUAUGGUGGAGCAAUUAAAAUUUAUAACAAGUUCCUUAAUGAUCAAAGCUGUUUCGAAAAACUAUUGAGAAAAUUAAAUAUUUUAAACAAAAAAAAUAUUCCAACUGAAAUGAUAAUGGAUGAUAUUGAAACAGUUCGUUUGCCACUUCUUGGUGGUCUUCUUGACACAAGUAGCUAUUAUGUUGAAGGCAGAGAAUUCUUGUUUGAUAAGGAAAGAAGACAUAUUGCAGAAUCUGUUGCCCGUAUUGCUAAUCUUUCAGGUUUCUGUGUAAACAACUUGAAUUUAAUUAAAGAUGAAAGAAGCCCUUUAUGUGAAUCAAAAAAUAAUAACAUGACAAACGAUAAUGAUAUCAAUUUAUUUAUUAAUGGUGGUGAUAUGAAAAAAAUUCCAUCAAUUAUUAUUAAUAAUAAUAAUCAAUGCAAGUUACAAAUCCUUGAUAAUUCAUCUGUUGGUGAUUACGCUUGGGAAUUCAUGAUCGAAACAUUAGAAAAUGAUAGUUAUUAUGGAUUUACUGUAGAUGGAAAUCGUAGAAUGCUUCUUCGUGAUUUAACAGUCACUCAUAAUACUGAAUCUGUCAAAGCGCUUGGUGUACAACUUGGUAGAUUUGUUCUUGUAUUUUGCUGCGACGAAAAUUUCGAUUUCCAAGCUAUGGGUCGUAUCUUUGUAGGUCUUUGUCAAGUAGGAGCAUGGGGAUGUUUUGAUGAAUUCAAUCGUUUGGAAGAAAGAAUUUUAUCAGCCGUAUCACAACAAGUACAAACAAUUCAACUUGGCUUGAAAGCAAUAGUUGACAAUCCUAGUGCAGAAGUAGAAAUUGUAGGGAAGAAUCUUAGAGUCAAUUCAAAUACUGGUAUAUUCAUUACAAUGAAUCCCGGAUAUGCUGGUCGAUCUAAUUUACCCGAUAACUUGAAGAAAUUAUUUAGAAGUAUUGCCAUGACAAAACCAGAUCGUGAACUUAUAGCACAAGUGAUGUUGUAUUCUCAAGGUUUCCGUACAGCUGAAAUUUUAGCAUCAAAAGUAGUACCACUAUUCAAUCUUUGUGCUGAACAAUUGUCACCACAGGCACAUUACGAUUUUGGUCUAAGAGCUUUGAAGAGUGUACUUGUCAGUGCUGGUAAUUUAAAACGUGAACGCCUUCAAACUUUAAGAGGAUUGAUUAAGUCUGGUGAAAAGGACCCUUCAGAAAAUAUAAAGAUCUCUGAACCGAUACCUGAACAAGAAAUUUUAAUUCAAAGUGUUCGAGAAACUAUUGUUCCUAAACUAGUUGCAGAUGAUAUUCCAUUAUUAACCAGGUAUGCAAAUAUUUAUUUAAUCCCAGACCAUCUUACUGCUGAAAUUAGAAAUGUGUGUGAAGAAAAACGUCUUCUUGAUGGCCAAAUGUGGAUGGAAAAAGUGCUUCAACUUUACCAAAUUCAAAACAUUCAUCAUGGUUUGAUGAUGGUGGGCCCAUCUGGAUCUGGAAAAUCAUUAGCUUGGAAAGUGCUAUUGGAAGCAUUAGGUCGUGUUGAAGGUGUUGAAGGAAUAUCAUAUGUUAUUGAUCCAAAAGCAGUUUCAAAAGAUGCUCUUUAUGGUAAUUUGGAUCAUACAACUCGUGAAUGGACCGAUGGUCUUUUUACUCAUAUAUUGAGAAAAAUUAUUGAUAAUGUGCGUGGUGAAAAAGUAAAAAGACAUUGGAUUAUAUUUGAUGGUGAUGUGGAUCCAGAAUGGGUAGAAAAUUUGAACAGUGUGUUGGAUGACAAUAGAUUAUUGACAUUACCUAAUGGUGAACGUCUGGGUUUACCAGGAAAUGUAAGAAUUAUGUUUGAGGUAGAAAAUUUGAAAUAUGCAACAUUAGCUACUGUUAGUCGUUGUGGUAUGGUAUGGUUUAGUGAAGAGAUUGUAACACUUAAGAUGAUCUACAGUAAUUAUUUGGAAACUCUUAAAAAUAUGCCAAUGGAUGAUAAUGAAGAGGAUGGUAUAACAACUAUAAGAAGAAGCGAUAGCGCUGAAGAAAACAAUUCACCACACAUGGGUACUCAGCGUGCUAUUGCCGCUAUACUUUCUAAACACCUUACUGAAGAUGGACUGGUUACUAAAGCUCUUGAAUAUGCAGAAAAAUUGGAACAUAUUAUGGAUUUCACAAGGAUGCGUGUAUUAACAACUUUAUUCUCAUUAUUAAACAAAACAGUAAGAAAUGUUAUUGAAUACAAUGUGCAGCAUCCUGAUUUCCCAAUGACUCCUGAUCAUAUGGAAAAUUAUGUAGUAAAACGUUUGAUACUUGGUAUUAUUUGGAGUUUCUCUGGUGAUGCCAAACUUGAGUUACGUUCAAAAUUUGGUGAUUAUAUUCGUGGAAUUGCAACAAUUGACUUACCUCCUCUACAGAAUGGAUUCUCUAUCAUAGAUUAUGACGUACAAAUUAAUAAUGGUGAAUGGGUAUCAUGGACCGGAAAAGUCCCUACAAUUGAAAUUGAAACUCAUAAGGUUGCAGAAGCUGACAUAGUUAUCCCAACAAUCGACACUGUAAGACAUGAAGAAGUAUUAUACUCGUGGCUUUCGGAGCACAAACCUUUGAUGCUUUGCGGUCCUCCAGGUUCAGGAAAAACAAUGACUCUUUUCAGUGCACUUAGAAAAUUACCUGACAUGGAAGUUGUUGGCCUCAAUUUCUCAAGCGCCACAACUCCUGAGCUAAUUCUUAAAACUUUUGAACAAUAUUGUGAAUAUAGAAAAACAUUAAAUGGUGUUAUUUUAUCUCCUGUUUCAAUUGGUCGUUGGAUAGUAGUCUUCUGUGAUGAAAUUAAUUUACCUGCAACUGAUAAAUAUGGCACACAACGUGUUAUCUCCUUCCUGAGACAAUUGGUAGAAUGUGGUGGUUAUUGGAGAACCUCUGAUAAAUCAUGGGUUAGACUUGAAAGAAUUCAAUUUGUUGGUGCAUGUAAUCCUCCCACUGAUCCUGGUCGAGUUCCUCUAACACACAGAUUCCUUCGACAUGCACCUUUGAUUAUGGUUGAUUAUCCUGGUGAAAUUUCUCUCAACCAAAUUUAUGGAACCUUCUCACGUGCUAUGUUAAAAGUUGUUCCAGCACUCCGUGCAUAUGCUGAAAAUCUCACUUCUUCAAUGGUAGAAUUUUAUUUGAUGUCUCAAAAAAGAUUUACACCUGAUAUUCAAGCACAUUAUAUUUAUUCACCCCGUGAAUUGACAAGAUGGAUGAGAGGUAUAUAUGAAGCCAUUAAACCCAUGGAAACUCUUUCUCUUGAAGGGUUAAUUAGAAUUUGGGCACAUGAAGCUCUUCGUCUAUUCCAAGAUCGUCUUGUUACCGAAGAUGAAAGAAGAUGGACUGAUGAAAAUAUUGAUGCGAUUGCUUUGAAACACUUUCCCAAUUUAAAUCAACCUGAUGCUUUAUCAAGACCAAUUUUAUUCUCAAACUGGUUAUCUAGAUAUUAUACCCCAGUUGAACGUGAAGAAUUGCGUGAUUAUGUCAAGGCUAGACUCAAAGUAUUUUACGAAGAAGAAUUGGAUGUUCCACUUGUAUUAUUCAAUGAUGUGUUGGAUCAUGUCUUAAGAAUUGAUCGUGUGUUCCGUCAAAUGCAAGGACAUUUGCUCUUAAUUGGUGUAAGUGGUUCUGGUAAAACAACAUUAUCCAGAUUUGUUGCUUGGAUGAAUGGUUUGAGUGUAUUCCAAAUUAAAGCUCAUAAUAAAUACACUGGUGAAGAUUUUGAUGAAGAUUUGAGAACAGUUUUAAGACGAUCUGGUUGUAAAGGUGAAAAAAUCUGUUUCAUAUUGGAUGAAUCCAAUGUAUUAGAUUCUGGUUUCUUGGAACGUAUGAAUACACUCCUGGCAAACGCUGAAGUUCCUGGAUUGUUUGAAGGUGAUGAAUUUAAUACAUUGAUGACUGGUUGUAAAGAAGGAUCUCAAAGAGAAGGAUUAAUGUUAGAUUCGCCUGAGGAAUUGUAUAAAUGGUUUACACAACAAGUAAUGAAAAAUCUACAUGUCGUAUUCACAAUGAAUCCACCAGAAGGUGGUUUAGCUUCACGAGCUGCAACAUCACCAGCUUUGUUCAAUCGUUGUGUGCUUGAUUGGUUUGGCGAUUGGUCAGACCAAGCUUUUUUCCAAGUUGGUAUGGAGUUUACUCAAAGUUUAGAUUUGGAUCUUACAAGUUACUCUCCUCCAUCCAAUUUCCCAGUUGCAUAUCGGUCAUUAUCAUUACCACCAACACAUCGUAAUGCUGUUGUCAAUGCAUUUGUUUUUGUUCAUCAAUCACUUUAUGAAAUCAAUGCCAAGUUGAGUAAACGUCAAGGAAAAUAUAAUUAUGUUACACCACGUCAUUUCUUGGACUUUAUUAAUCACUAUGUAAAAUUAUUUAAUGAAAAACGUGAAGAUUUGGAAGAACAACAACGCCAUUUAAAUAUUGGUUUAGAGAAAUUGAGAGAUACGGUGGUUAAAGUGGAAGAAUUGAAAAAGAGUUUAAGCAUCAAAGAAAAAGAAUUAAAAAUAAAAGAUAUAGAAGCCAAUGAAAAAUUGAAUAAAAUGGUUAAGGAUCAAAGAACAGCAGAAAAAAAUGAGAAAGAAUCGAGACAAAUUCAUACAGCUGUUGAAAUUCAAAAUAAAGAAAUCGAGGAAAGACGUGCUAUUGCUUUAAGAGAUAUUGAAAAUGCACAACCUGCUGUGGAAGAAGCCAAAAGAAGUGUACAAGGUAUUAGGAAAACACAAUUAACUGAAGUUCGUUCAAUGGCCAAUCCACCAGAAGCUGUGAAACUUGCUAUGACAUCUGUUUGUACCUUACUUGGAUUUCAGAUUGAUGGCUGGAAAGCUGUUCAAGGAGCUAUUCGUAGAGAGGAUUUCAUUUCUAGUAUUGUAAAUUUUGAUACAGAAAAAAACAUGACCAAAAGCCUUAGAGACAAGAUGAGGAAUGAAUUUUUAAGCAAUAAAUCAUACAAUUACGAAUUGGUUAACAGAGCUAGUAAAGCUUGUGGACCUUUGGUCAAAUGGGUAGAGGCACAAGUUAUUUAUUCAGAUAUUUUAGAUCGUGUUGCGCCAUUACGCCAUGAAGAAACAGUGGCAACGAUUGCAGUCUAUAAAGAUGAAUAUGGUGUUAUAAUGAAAGAAUGUGGAUACAUCAAAGAUGAAAUGAUACAAGUCAAAGACAAGGUUGAUCGUAGUUUGAAACUUCUUAGUAGUUUAUCAUCAGAAAAACAAAGAUGGGAAAGCGGUAGUCAGACAUUUGAAACACAAAUGGGAACCAUUGUUGGUGAUGUAUUACUCUCUGCAGCAUUCCUUGCUUAUGGAGGUUACUUUGAUCAACAAUACCGUGAAAUUUUAUUGAACAAAUUGACAAACCACCUUAUUAGUGCUAAUAUUCAAUUUAAACAAGAACUAUCAUUGACUGAAUAUUUAUCAACAGCUGAUAAUCGCCUUUCUUGGCAAGCUAAUUCACUUCCAGCAGAUGACCUUUGUACAGAGAAUGCUAUCAUGCUUAAACGUUUUAACAGAUAUCCACUUAUAAUCGAUCCAUCAGGUCAAGCAUCUGCAUUCUUAAUGAAUGAAUUUAAAGAAAAGAAGAUUACCGUAACCAGUUUCUUGGAUGAUUCGUUUAUCAAGAAUUUAGAAAGUGCUCUUCGUUUUGGUAAUCCAUUACUUAUCCAAGAUGUAGAACAUUUAGAUCCUAUUCUUAACGCAGUAUUAAAUAAAGAAUUAAGACGUACUGGUGGCCGUGUAUUGAUUCGUUUAGGUGGACAAGAUAUUGACUUUUCACCAUCAUUUACACUCUUCCUCUCAACUCGUGAUCCAUCAGUGAACUUCCCACCAGAUGUUUGCAGUAGGGUUACCUUUGUUAACUUUACAGUAACACACAGCAGUUUACAAAGUCAAUGUCUCAACCAAGUUCUUAAAGUUGAAAGACCUGAUACAGAUAAGAAAAGAACUGAUUUGAUUAAACUUCAAGGUGAAUUCAGAUUAAAAUUAAGACAUCUUGAAAAAUCUUUGUUGCAAGCUUUGAAUGAGUCAAAAGGAAAUAUUUUGGAUGAUGGUAAAGUGUUAGAAACUUUAGAAACGUUGAAAAAAGAAGCAGCAGAAAUAACUCGUAAAGUUGAAGAGACUGAAAGUAUUAUGAAAGAAGUAGAACAAGUUACUACAGAAUACACACCACUUGCACAAGCUUGCAGUUCGGUAUUCUUUGUAAUGGAGCAAAUGAAUUUAUUACACCAUUUCUAUCAAUUUUCACUUGAAUACUUUUAUGAAAUCUUCCAAUAUGUUCUUCAUGAAAACCCAAAUCUUAAAGGAGUAACCAAUAGUAAUGAAAGGUUAAUAAUUCUUAUGAAAGAUCUUUUCAAUGCUACUUUCCGUAGAGUCUCACGUGCUUUAUUACAUGAUGACUACAUCACUUUUGCAAUCUUAUUGGCACAAAUUAAACUUCGUGGUACUCAAGAACAAUUGGAUGAGGCCGAGUAUGAUUAUUUGUUAAGCGGUGGUGAUGUUGUUCCAGGAUCUAAAGUAAGCGCAAAGGAAUUAGGAUUUCCGGAAGGACUUUUUGACAGUGAUAUAUUAUGCCGUAUCAGAGAAUUCUCUACACUUCCAUGUUUCUCAGGCUUAACCAAAGAUAUUGCAAAUAAUAAAGAUGAUUGGAAAGACUUUUAUGAAUCAGAUCCAGCAGAGAAAUUUAUUCCUGUUUCAACUGUUAUUCAAUUAAGAAAAUUGUUGAUAAUUAAAUGUUUCCGUCCUGAUAGACUUAUAUCAGCUGUAGGUGAAUUUGUAUCAAUAGUGUUUGAUGCAGGGUUUAUUAAUCAAGCAGAAUUAGAUCUUAAAGCAAUGGUGUUAGAUGAAGUUAAUCCUACUACACCUAUUUCAUUAUGUUCUGUUCCUGGAUAUGAUGCAAGUUAUCGUGUAGAUAAUCUUGUAGCAGAAGUUCAUGUUAGAUGUAAAUCGGUUGCAAUGGGUUCACAAGAAGGUUUUGCAUUAGCAGAUCAAGCAAUUACAACAUCAAUUAAAAAUGGUGAAUGGGUAUUAUUGAAGAAUGUACAUCUUGCACCAUCAUGGCUUGGACAUUUAGAGAAAAAAUUACAUAGUAUGAACGCCCAUAGGAACUUUAGAUUGUUCCUUACCAUGGAAACAAAUCCAAAAGUACCAGUUAAUUUGUUACGUCUUUCUCGUAUAUUGAUGUUUGAACCACCACCAGGAAUUAAAGCCAAUCUUCAAGAAUCACUUAAAAGCAUACCACACAGUCGUAUUUCAAAAGGCCCGACUGAAAGAGUUCGUUUGUACUUUUUACUUUCAUGGUUACAUGCAAUUGUUCAAGAAAGGCUACGAUAUGUACCACUUGGUUGGACCAAGAUUUAUGAAUUUAAUGACUCAGAUCAAGAUUUUGCAAUUAAUACUAUUGAUGCAUGGUUAGACAGCGUUGCUCAAGGCAGAACAAACAUAUCACCUGAUAAAAUUCCAUGGGAUGCUAUUCGUACAUUAAUAUCAAUAGUGGCUUAUGGUGGUCGUGUUGACAAUGAAUUUGAUAAACGGUUGUUAGAGAAUUUUGUUGGCAAUCUAUUCACACCAGCUUCAUACGAUUUAAGCUUCCCUCUUGUAAAAUCAUCUGAUGAUAGUGAAAAAUUAUUGAUACCUGAAGGUUCUAAAAUAGAUCAAUUUAUGGAAUGGGUUAAUAAAUUACCAGAUAAUGAACCACCAUCGUGGUUAGCAAAUGCAAUGCUUGUCAAAAUUCGUAAGAUGAAGAGCUUAUCUGAUGAUGAUGAAGUUGUAUAUGCUCAAGAAGCUAGUUCACAGUCAUCUGGAGCAUAUUCACAACCAGCUUGGAUGCGUGCAUUAUAUACCACUGUUGAUAAUUGGUUGAAGAUAUUGCCAAAAACUCUAUCACCCAUGAAACGUACCGCAGAAAGUAUCAAGAAUCCAUUAUUCCGAUUCUUUGAUCGUGAGAAUCAAAUUGGAUGCAACUUAUUGAACAAAAUCCAACAAGACUUGAGUGAUAUUAAAUUGGUUUGCGAAGGUCAAUUAAAACAAACAAAUCAUUUACGUAUGUUGCUUAACUAUUUAACAAAAGUACCAAAAACCACUUCAUUGAAUCAUUGGGUAGCAGAUUUCAAAAGUCGUUUGCAACAACUUGAAAAUAUAACUAAAGAAAGCGAUUACACAAGUUUGGAAGUUUGGCUUGGUGGACUUUUUAUGCCAGAAGCAUACAUUACAGCUACUAGACAAGCAGUAGCACAAAAACAUAGGUGGUCACUUGAAGAAUUGAAAUUAGAGGUUGAUUUAAACACUAGUGGUUCUCCUAAUUCAUUUGCAGUAUCAGGUAUGAAACUUGCUGGUGCACAAUAUAAAAAUCAACAAGUUCAACUUAUAACAAACCCAAUGACUAAAUUGGAACUUUCACAAAUUCGAUGGAUAUUAAAAACAGAAGCUACAGAAGCUACAGAGAAUAUAGUUAGUCUUCCAGUAUAUCUUAAUGAAGACCGAAGUGAUUUAUUGUUUGUUGUUGAUGCUAAUGUUAAGCCUUCAGAUAAACAAAUGAUUGCUCAACGUGGUGUUGCUAUUAUUGUUUAUUAA